GUUUAACCAUAUUAUAUCUUCACAUAGUCACCUAACACUUUAGCCUUAUCUCAUACGUUUUUGCUAACUUGCGCUUCCACUUCCACUUCCACUUCCACCUUAUCCCCACUCUUUCACUUCCGUCUGUCACUCUUUCAUGGAUCCUUUAGCAACCACCAUAAUCAAUUAAAUUAAUCACCCUUUUUUAUUUUUCUUCCAUUAUUUUAAUUAUAUAUAUAUAUAUUUAGUUUAAUGGCGGGAAACGAUCAAGUUAAUAUUUGUGAAUCCAAGCGCGUUGUUCCCCUGAAUACAUGGGUUCUCAUGUCUAAUUUCAAGCUAGCUUACAACCUUCUUAGACGUCCAGACGGGACUUUUAACCGACACUUGGCUGAAUUUCUAGACCGUAAAGCCCCUGCAAAUGCGAACCCUGUUGAUGGUGUUUUCUCUUUCGAUAUUGUGAUUGACCGGUCAAUAAACCUGCUCUCUAGAGUGUAUAGACUAGCUACUGAAAGUAAUGGACCGUUAACUACAAGUUUCACACGGUUUGAGAAACCUGUAUCAAAAUCUGAAAUUGUGCCUGUCAUAGUUUUCUUCCAUGGUGGUAGUUUUGCCCAUUCGUCUGCAAAUAGCGCAAUCUAUGACAUUCUUUGUCGCCGUCUUGUGAGUCUUUGUAAGGCGGUUGUGGUUUCUGUGGAUUAUAGGCGUGCCCCCGAAGACCCUUAUCCUAGUGCUUAUGAAGAUGGCUGGACUGCCCUUAAGUGGGUUAACUCGAGGCCAUGGCUGCAGAGUAAAGAUUCAAAAGUUCAUAUCUUUUUGGCUGGAGAUAGCUCUGGUGGUAACAUUGUGCAUCAAGUUGCUUUAAGGGCAGUGACAUCAAAAUCUGAAAUCCAGAUUAUGGGAAAUAUACUGCUGAAUCCAAUGUUUGGUGGAGAAACAAGAUCUGAAUCCGAAAAACGUUUGGAUACCAAGUAUUUCGUGACAAUUAGAGAUAGAGAUUGGUAUUGGAAGGCUUUUCUUCCUGAAGGUGAAGAUAGGGACCAUCCGGCUUGUAACCCGUUUGGUCCAAGGGGAAUUAGUCUUGAAGGGGUUAAGUUUCCCAAGAGUCUGGUUGUGGUUGCUGGUUUAGACCUGAUUCAGGACUGGCAGUUGGCUUAUGCAGAGGGGCUUAAAACAGCCGGUCAAGAUGUGAAACUUUUAUUUCUAGAAAAGGCAACCAUCGGGUUCUACUUGUUGCCCAAUAACGAUCACUUUCAUAUAGUGAUGGAUGAGAUAAGCAACUUUUUUGUAAGAUUGUGUGUUACCCCUGCUACUACUUCCACUACUAAUUUCUGCUGUACCGGAUCUGUGCCUUUGUGGAUUGCAAGAAAAUGUAAGAAGUUAAACUUGUUGCCGCCGAUAAGAGCCAUUCGUAGGUUUGUGUUAUCAAAUCGUAAAGUUCAAGACUUUCCAACUUCUGGAUUCAAAGGGGAGGAAGACAUGAAACCAUGAAUCAUACGAAUCCAGUUUUAGCAUAUGUUUUAUUCCUGAGGUCUUAAGCAUAUAUUGUAACUGGUAGCUUUGUUAUUUUCUAUCUAGUUUUAGCAUUUGUGGUUUUGAGGAUGGGAAUGAAUCCUGUAUUGUGUGUAUACAUAAUGUAAGAGCCACAUUAUCUAUGUACAAAGUAUAUAUGUUUGCUUUCAUUUCA